AUGGACUUCCCACACCAGCAGAGAUCAGCAGGGGAUGGAAAGGUGGUGGUGUACCCACCCGGAGUAAAGGAGAUCACUGAUAAAAUCAGUAAUGAUGAAGUUGUAAAACGUCUGAAGAUGGUGGUGAAGACGUACAUGGACAUGGACCAAGACUCUGAGGAGGAGAAGCAGCAGUACCUCGGCCUGGCUCUGCACCUGGCCUCGGAGUUCUUCCUCAGAAACCCUAAUAAGGAUGUGCGCCUCCUGGUGGCCUGUUGUCUGGCUGACAUCUUUAGGAUUUAUGCUCCUGAGGCUCCGUACACUUCCCAUGACAAACUCAAGGAUAUAUUUCUAUUCAUCACUCGCCAACUAAAAGGCCUGGAGGACACGAAGAGUCCACAAUUCAACAGAUAUUUUUACUUGCUGGAGAACUUGGCAUGGGUUAAGUCCUACAACAUUUGUUUUGAACUGGAGGACUGCAAUGAAAUAUUCAUCCAGCUUUUUAAAACACUCUUCUCUGUUAUUAAUAACAACCAUAACCAGAAAGUGCAGCUUCAUAUGAUGGAUCUGAUGAGUUCCAUCAUCAUGGAGGGAGAUGGAGUCACCCAAGAGCUACUCGAUACCAUCCUCAUUAACCUCAUCCCUGCACAUAAGAAUUUAAACAAGCAAGCCUAUGAUCUAGCUAAGACAUUGUUGAAGAGAACAGUUCAAACUAUAGAGGCAUGCAUUGCAAAUUUUUUCAAUCAAGUUUUAGUGAUGGGUAAGUCGUCCGUCAGUGACUUAUCGGAGCACGUGUUUGAUCUGAUCCAAGAACUGUUUGCCAUCGACCCCAUGCUGCUCACCUCAGUCAUGCCUCAGCUGGAGUUCAAACUUAAGAGCAAUGAUGGUGAAGAGCGCCUGGCUGUUGUGCGGUUGUUGGCGAAGCUGUUUGGGGCUAAAGACUCGGAAUUGGCGUCUCAGAACAGGCCUCUGUGGCAAUGCUUUUUAGGCCGGUUCAAUGACAUUCAUGUCCCGGUGAGACUAGAAUGUGUGAAAUUCGCCAGUCACUGUCUCAUGAAUCACCCAGACCUUGCCCGAGACCUCACAGAAUUCUUAAAAGUUCGCUCCCAUGACCCUGAGGAGGCCAUCCGCCAUGACGUCAUUGUAACCAUAAUCAACGCAGGAAAGAAAGACCUGAACUUGGUCAACGAUCAGCUGCUGGGAUUUGUACGAGAACGGACCUUGGACAAGAGGUGGCGAGUGCGUAAGGAGGCUAUGAUGGGUUUAGCGCAGCUGUUUAAAAAGUAUUGCCUUCAUCAUGAGGCUGGUAAAGACUCUGCCUUGAAGAUCAGCUGGAUCAAAGACAAACUGCUGCACAUCUAUUAUCAGAACAGCAUUGAUGAUAAAUUAUUAGUUGAGAAGAUCUUUGCCCAGUACAUGGUCCCCCACAAUCUAGACACAGAAGAAAAGAUGAAAUGUCUUUAUUACCUCUAUGCCUGCUUGGACACGAAUGCUGUCAAAGCUCUGAAUGAAAUGUGGAAGUGUCAGAAUAUGCUCCGUGCUCUGGUCAAAGAGCUACUGGAUCUUCACAAACUUCCCGUUUCUGAAGCCAAUAGCUCGGCCAUGAUGGCAAAGCUGAUGAAUAUAGCCAAAAACUUGCCUGAUGCUGGAAAGGCACAAGACUUCAUGAAGAAAUUCAAUCAGGUUCUAGGUGAAGAUGAGAAGCUCAGAGGACAGCUCGAAAUGCUGAUCAGUCCCACGUGCUCCUGUAAACAAGCUGAAGUCUGUGUGAGAGAGAUCACGCGAAAGCUUACAUUUCCCAAACAGCCCACCAACCCGUUUCUAGAAAUGGUGAAAUUUUUGUUGGAGCGCAUUGCUCCUGUUCAUAUAGAUUCCGAAGCCAUUAGUGCCCUUGUCAAAUUGUUGAACAAAUCAAUUGAAGGAACCGCAGAUGAUGAUGAGGAAGGUGUCACCCCAGAUACAGCAAUUCGCGCAGGCCUGGAACUCCUCAAGGUCCUGUCAUUUACUCACCCAACUGCCUUCCACUCUGCAGAGACUUACGAGUCUUUACUCCAAUGUCUAAAGAUGGAGGAUGACAAAGUGGCCGAAGCAGCGAUCCAAAUAUUUAGGAAUACUGGGCAGAAAAUUGAGACAGAGCUACCGCAGAUAAGAUCCACUCUAAUUCCCAUCCUACAUCAGAAAGCAAAGCGUGGAACUCCUCAUCAAGCAAAGCAAGCCGUCAACUGCAUACAUGCGAUCUUCAACAACAAAGAAGUGCAGCUGGCACAAAUCUUUGAGCCCCUCUCUCGCAGCCUGAAUGCAGACGUCCCGGAGCAGCUGGUCACUCCUCUCGUGUCUCUGGGUCAUAUCGCAAUGCUCGCGCCAGAUCAGUUUGCAUCACCCAUGAAGUCCAUUGUGGCUAACUUUAUAGUGAAGGACCUGCUCAUGAAUGACAGGACAAUGGGAAACAAAAAUGGCAAAUUGUGGUCCACAGACGAAGAAGUGUCCCCUGAGGUUUUAGCAAAAGUACAAGCCAUCAAGCUUCUUGUACGUUGGUUAUUAGGCAUGAAAAAUAACCAAUCCAAGUCUGCAAACUCCACUCUCCGAUUGCUGUCUGCCAUGUUGGUCAGUGAAGGGGACCUCACUGAACAGAAAAAGAUUAGCAAAUCUGACAUGUCUCGACUGAGGUUGGCAGCAGGAGGAGCCAUUAUGAAGUUGGCCCAAGAACCUUGUUAUCAUGAUAUCAUUACACCUGAACAAUUCCAGCUCUGUGGCCUUGUUAUUAAUGAUGAAUGCUACCAGGUGCGACAAAUUUAUGCUCAGAAAUUGCAUCUGGCCCUUGUCAAACUGGCAUUACCCCUGGAGUACCUGGCAGUCUUUGCCCUGUGUGCCAAAGACCCAGUGAAGGAGCGCCGUGCCCACGCUCGGCAGUGUCUCCUCAAAAACAUUUCUGUCCGCAGAGAGUUCAUCAAGCAGAAUCCCACGUCUCCUGAUAAAAUGGUUUCUCUACUUCCUGAGUAUGUUGUCCCGUACAUGAUCCACCUUCUCGCUCAUGAUCCAGACUUCACCAAACCACAGGACUAUGACCAGCUCAAAGACAUAAAAGAGUGCCUGUGGUUUAUGCUGGAAGUGCUUAUGACCAAGAAUGAAAAUAACAGUCAUGCUUUUCUAAGAAAAAUGGUAGAAAACAUUAAACAGACCAAGGACGCACAGUCUCCAGACGACGUAAAAGCCAAUGAGAAACUUUAUUUAGUCUGCGAUGUUGCUCUUUUCGUCAUUGCCAACAAGAGCACAGCUUGUCACCUGGACUCUCCAAAAGACCCCAUUCUCCCCUCCAAUUUUUUCAUUGCCCAGGAUAAGGACUUCCAAAAUGAUAAAGAGUACCUUUCUGCUGAGAUGAGACAACAGUUGUUAACUGGAAAGCCUAAACCAGCUCCUGUUUUGGCGACGGUCAACAAGCCCAUCGCAGUACCGGUGAAGAGAGUCUAUCCCAAAGUUGUCACUUCCUCGGACCUAACCAGCAACAGCAGCUCUAACUCCCCAUUGACUUCAACAACUAUCAACAAAAACAGCAAUACCACCAUCCAGACAUCUGAGAGCAGAGCACAAGAAAACAACGAGAAUCCUAUCAAAAAGAAGGACGAGGCCAAAAAAACGGCUCAAAAUGCAAGUCCUGCCUCAGACGCCUCACCUGCAAAGAGGCGUGGGCGCCCCCCCAAGACGGGCACUGGAACUGCGUUAGUGGAGAAGGAAAAGACUACAACUGGAGGCGGAGCUGGCAGAGGCAAGAAAAGACCUGCAGAACCUAACCCACCUGAUUCUAUCGACAUCAAGGUGUCCAAGCAGCAGCAGCAGAACGAUGAAGGGACGAAAAGACAGAUUGACUUGAGGUAA